ACGCACGUAAAUCAAAAUCUUUUGCCGAUCUUUACACACACAUCACAAAUUAAAUCACUUGGAUCAUCCCCCGCCUAUCCACAAAUUCCUUUAUAUAAGAAAAGAUCAAAUAAAAAAGAGUUCAAAUCAAAGUCUAUAUAUUGUUGUUACCGAUAAAAUCUAAUAAUAUUAGCCAAAACACUAAGUGACGUAGUGAGUUGCUAUGUAAGAUUCUCCCUAUAUAAUCACAAUCACUUUACUAUCCAUUGAAGGUGUCAAGAAUUUAGGUAAACUAAUAGAAUUACAAAAAUCAUGGAACUCAAACUCAACUCAUAUGGAUUGGCUUAGGGAACAUCCAUGUAACACAAUUUUUUUCGUUUGAACAUCCAUCUAUUGAUGUUGUCAUUGAAGAUGCCGGUGUGACGAAGCUAUUACCAGGAAACGAGAGUCGUGUCCGCUCAAAUUUUAAAUUAUUGUUGAAAAUAUGUAUAGCAUUUUGUAAUAUAUGACUUAAAUCCCUUAAACUUCUUUGUUUGGCCCCUCUUUUUGAAUAUUUGUAUCCGUCACUAAUCAUUGUUGUUGCUAAUGUCUUUGAAUCAAGACGAAUUGUCAUAGUUAUGCUUUCAUAUUUUGCAACUUGAAUUGAUAUUCCGCUAUUAGCCAAAAUAAGGUCAGCCCUAUAAGAAAAGUUUCAUCAUUGAAGCUCAUAAUUAAUGCGGAAUGGAUAUUCAGAUGUAUUAGUUUAGGGUAGUAUAUGAGUGUUGUCAAUCUAAUGGAAAUGAAAGAUUCAAAGAAUGUAACCAUGCUUGCAAGCUUUAUAAUAAUUAAUAAAAUACAUAGAGAACCUAUUCCUAGUUAUCAAUUAUCACCAAUCAGAUUAUGCCACUGAAUGAAGCCAAUAUCGGGGCUUGAAAAGUGACAUGAUUUAUUAAUUAAAAUCCAGAAAAUUAUCAUUUUAAAUUUUAAUUAAGAACUCAGCAGGUGUGCUGUAUGUGGUGGCUUCUAAUGUGUCCUUGUCUCUUGCUUUAGAAAAUUGCUCAUACUGCAGAACCACGUCCCAGAGAAUCCAACUCUUUGUUCUCUAAUUAUGAUAGUGGCAAGAAAAUAAAAUAAAUAUAAUCCCACUAAAUAAAAUUAUUAUCUUGAGUGAUAAAUAAAAAUAAUUGAUUUAGUUUUAGUCAACUAAAUUUUGAAAAUGCAAAUUGUUGCAUAUCAUCAUCCCACCGUUUCCCCAACCUAAUCAUCUUCUUCCACAUGUAUGCUAAUAGAUCAUCAAUCUAGAUGUAUCACUGAGGACAUAACCUAAAUUUUGAAUUAAUCAAUUUGGAUCCCAUGAAUUUUCAACCUUCCACUUGUCUUCACUUUAAAUAUAAUUGUCAUGAUAAAAAAAAAAAUUUUGAUAUCAAUCGAGAAUCACGAACAUUUAUCGAUAUUUUGACAUAUCCUCCUAAAAUUCGAGACUACCAUAAAUUCAACUUACCAUAUUGAGGUUUGGAAUAAAUUUUUUGUGGUCUGAUCUUAAUCGGAGUUUAUGCAGGUAAGAAACAAUUGUUAUGUGGAAAAGAUAAUAUAAGAUUUUGGUUCGACAAAAUCAAUUAUAAUUGAAAUGUUGAAAAUUGGUAAAAAAAAAACUGUGCGUGUGUUGGACAGGUGGCCACACAAAAGGAUUAAAUUGUGGGGAAUAUUUCUACCAUCACCAUCAGCGCAUAGAAUAGUUUAAAAUAAAUAAUAUUAAAAUAAAAAGAAGAACCUCAAGAAAAAUGAAAUCAAACUAAUGAUUUUCCAUCCUUUCAAUGCCCAUUUUACACAUAAGCCCAACCCAAUCCUGCCUUGAUUGGGCCCGAAGCGAACUCAGCCAAAUUUCCGGGCCCACGACGGGCUCCUUCUGCUAACCAUCUUCAGUGUACAGUCGGCGCUGGAACUUCCUCCGCCAUCAUUUGACAUUUCGCUCCCUCUUCUUCACCCGCCGUCCGGCGAUAAGGUCGUAGUAGUCUCCCAUCUUGUGGAAGGUGCUGCCACUUGGCCUACUCUCUGCCGCUUCUCUCUACUUCAUCUUACUUUUCAUCAUUUCCCUGGCCUGAAACUAAUUUUCUCUGUUGAAUUUCCAAGGAUUUUGGGCGUGCUAGUUGUAGAAAUUGUUAUUUUGCUGAGUAAGAUAAAUUGACCAAAUUUUCUUGGUUUUGGUUGGGAAUUUAUGGAUUUCUCCAGCCAGGUUCUCAUUGAUUCGCAUUUCAUGAUGAAAUUUCAGUAGCCCACGAGAGAGAAUAUUUGCAAAAUGGUGCUGACAGGAGCGGAAACUGCUUCCACUUUUCUGCUUCUUGGGUUUCAUGGGGCUCUUUGUCCUCGUAUUCCAAGUUUUAGUCAAGGGAUCAAUCUCCAUCAACUUUCUAGAAAUGGAAGGUUUGUGUUUCGUCAAGAGCAGAAAUGGCGUGCUUCUACAAUGAGAACUCGGGUUGUUGAGUCGAAUGAGGCAUUGGCGUUGGAGACGUACGGCGGAGUUUGGGAAGACCCUGAUGAUGGAAGUGAGAGUGAUUAUGAUGAUGGUGAAGACGAAAAUGGAGCAGUGGGAGGGACUGGGACUGAUGAUGAGAGUGAGUCAAGGGGAGGAGGAAGUGAUGCUCAAAUGCCUAAUACUACUGCUUCAGAGACAUAUGAGGAAGAUCUUGCAAAAGAGGUUGAACAGCUUCUAACACCAGAAGAAAGACAGAUUUUACAAGAAAAUGAAACACCUAAUCUUGGAAGAAUAUCAACGGCAAAGUGGAAGCCACUGCAGACUCUUGCACUGUCAGGCCAGAUAAGACACAUGGACAAACUGGUCAAACAUGGACUCGAUAUUGACAAUGUUGAUAAGGAUGGCAGGACUGCUCUGCAUAAGGCUGUGAUUGGGAAAAAAGAGGCUGUGAUCAGUCAUCUCCUCCGAAGAGGGGCCAGCCCACAUAUUAGAGACAAGGAUGGAGCUAGCCCUCUGCACUACGCUGCGGAAGUUGGUGCCAUCCAGACCGUGAAAUUGUUGAUCAAGUACAAAGUUGAUGUCAACGCCACAGAUGAAGAAGGGUGGACACCACUGCACAUUGCAGUGCAAGGUAGGAACAGAGAUAUAGCGAAAGUGCUUCUGGUAAAUGGCGCGGAUAAAACAAGAAGAAACAAGAAUGGGAUGACAGCAUUGGAUAUAGCAUUACGAUAUGGGAGAGACUUCAAGUCUUAUGACCUUGCCAAGCUGCUGCUGAUAUUACCAGCUAACAGAGAUCCACUAUACGCUCAUGAUCACAAAAAUCGCAUAUUCUUGUAAAGAAAGGUGGCAACCUAGAUUUCUCACAAACCCAUUGGCAGAAAGAAACAGGAAGCUGACAGAACAGAAGAUCAUUGUAAGGAAAUGGAUCUCUCGAUAUUGUUCAGUUGUUAUUUCAAGUAGAUUCAGAUGAUAAAUGGAAUGGGGCAAGGCAUUGAGAAGAUCGUUCUAUUUAUGUCAAAUACCACAAAGAAUAUGAAGGAUGAAAAACAGCGACGAACAGAUACUUGUAAGGAGAAGCUGGCAACAAAAAUUCCUCACAUAGGAAGAAAGGGGGACCUGACCUGACCAGACAGACUCAUCAUAAUUCAUAAGGGGAAAAGUGGCAGUAAGGCGUAAAUAAGAGAAAAGUCAGGGCCAGAAUUGGAGCCAGGCGUAACUAACUGGAAGGAGCCCGUACGCCGCGUCUUCCUUGUUUUCCGCUGUCGCGCCAUGCAGCGCCGCCUGCACUGCUCUGCUCACAGUACGUACACUCAAAAAUAUUCGCACCUGUGCUUAAUUUCCUCCUCCAAUCCGUAACAACAACAAUAAUAAUCCGAUAAAUGGUAAACAAAAAUUAGCAUGAUUACAACCAAAAUGGACACAUAAUUAUCAUAAAUCCUCUUUUUAUUAUUUUCAUCUAGGUGGAAAUGGAUAAAACUUAGGGCCUAAUUAAAACUUGAUCACCAAGGUCAACUAAUAAAUUAAUAAAUAUUAUUAAACUAA